CAGCCGCGAGAAUCAGUGUCUGUCUGCCGGUUGCUUAAGAUGUUAUAAUUGCUGGUUUUUAUGCGGAAUUUGCCAUGAUGACGAUAAUGAUAAGGAGAAGAUUGCUCUGAAUUUGUGCCAGUCUCCAUUAAGGAGGAUCAGAACCCGGGACUCCCACAAACUGCCACACACGCAGCCAGUCUCGUUAUGUAAUCCCUGAGAUCAACUGGUAACCAGGCUUGGCUAUUCUUUUGAGGCAGCUAUUAAAUGCUUAAACCGAAAAGGAGACCCCACAGAACGCAGGAGAUCUACUUCUGGUUUGAUCAUGGGAGGCCAGUUAAGCUGGGAUCCAAAGCAUGGUUUAACGGCUCUUUACUUGCAGGCAGGUGAAAAGCAGAGGCAUCUGCUUCCUCUUCUACAUCUCUUGGAUACAAAUAUAAGAAAGUGAUCCAGCAACGUUUGGCGUGAGGCUCGGCUUAGCAGCAUAUAAACCACACACCAAAGAAAAUCGACACAAAGAGACCUACAAAUGAAGUGUGAAAAUUGCACCAAAAAGGAAUGUAGUAAUAAACAGAGGAAUGAAGACCGGCAAAAUACACCAGCUGAUGUUCUCAACUCAAAUGAUGAAAAUGAAGAGAAAAGUGAAUUCCAUAAGUUGGCUAAUGCUAAAAUAUUCCUUAGCGAUUGCUUAGCUUGUGACAACUGCAUAACAUCUGAUGAAGCAGUCCGAGUGUUCCAGCAGAAUCAGAAAGAGCUCUUCCAUGUACUGAACCUCAAUAAGAAAUGUGAUACCUCAAAACACAAAGUGUUGGCAGUGUCUAUAUGUCCUCAGUCCUUGCCUUAUUUUGCUGCAAAAUUCAGUCUCACUGUUACCGAAGCAGCCCAGAGGCUAUGUGGUUUCCUCAAAAGUCUUGGAGUGCAUUAUGUCUUUGACACUACAAUAGCUGCUGAUUUUAGUAUUCUGGAGAGCCAGAAGGAGUUUGUGCAACGGUACCGCCAUCAGAACCAAGAAGAGCACGCCAUACCCAUGUUUGCUUCAGCUUGCCCAGGCUGGAUCCAGUAUGCCGAGAGAGUCCUCUCCAGUCUAGUGACGCCACACAUUUGUACUGCAAAGUCACCACAGCAGAUCAUGGGCUCCCUGGUCAAAGGUUAUUUUGCCAGGCAGCAGAAUCUGUCCCCUGAUAAAAUUUUCCACAUAAUUGUGGCACCUUGCUAUGACAAGAAGCUAGAAGCCUUGCGAGAAGAUUUCCACACCCCUCUGUACAAUUCUCAAGAUGUUGAUUGUGUUUUGACGUCAGGUGAAGUGUUCCAGAUAAUGGAGCAGAGCAAAGUAUCUUUGAGAGAAAUAGCUGAGGUGGCCUUUGAUACCCUGUUUGAUGGGGUAAAGGAGGCCGAGUUAAUCCGUCAUGAUGGAAGGAAGUCUGAUGGUUACCUGGAGCACAUAUUUAAAUAUGCUGCCAAGGAACUCUUUGAUACCGAAGUGAAGGAUGUCGUAUACAAAGCGUUAAAAAACAAAGACUUCCAGGAGGUCACAUUGGAAAAGGAUGGCGAGACGGUGCUACGCUUUGCAGCUGCGUAUGGCUUUCGAAACAUUCAGAAUAUGGUCCUGAAGUUGAAAAAGGGAAAGUGCUCCUACCACUUCAUAGAAGUUUUGGCCUGUCCUGGAGGGUGCUUAAAUGGAAAGGGUCAGGCUCAGACUGAAGAUGGAAAACCAGACAAAGCCCUGCUCAGGCAGAUGGAAGAUGUCUACGCCACAGUUCCUGUCCGACUUCCUGAAACCAACAGGCAGGUACAGAAGCUCUACCAGGAAUGGCUGGAUGGGAUGGACUCCAUGAAGGUCCAGGAAUCAUUACAUACAAAAUACAGCACGGAAAAGCCAGCUGCCAACAAUUUGGAUAUCAAAUGGUGACCAAUCAAAGGGCAAGACUUGCAGUAGGUUUGUUGUACAUAGAGCGCCGGCAACUAUUCUAUGCAACUGGAGACGGAGGUACUGCUUAAAUAUGUGAACAUUACAAAGAACUGGAACUGCCUUUGUUCUCCACUGGAAUUGUGUAGAGUUCAAUUGUUGCUUGAGUCUGUGUAUAUUUGGAAUGUCUUUAUUUAAUCGGAGCCUGAUACUGUGUGUGUGUGCGUCUGAGGACCUUUUAAGAGGCACAGCGAGUCUCUAAACUCCCAACAGAGGUACAUUGGUAUAGAAUAAAGUUACCAGAAUCAGGGCAUGUGCUUUGAUUCUGACUCUUAGUACGCAAAUCUUUAUGCCAAGAAUCCAGUGCCAUGGAUUUUACUGCUCUCAGAAAGGUGUUGUGUUAGGUUUACAGUUUAUCUAAGGCUUUUUAUCAUUACCAAUCAUCAUAUGCUACCAAAAUAUGACAAAACAAACUAACCAGUGAUGCCAUUUCCACUGUUCACAUUUACUACUUUGAUGCCAGUCAGAUUGGGUGGCACAAAGAAAGAAACUUUGCCCCCUACCAGUAAUUAAUUUCCUUUUUAUCAGCUUUAACAUCAUCUUGUGUGAUUCCUUUGAAAAAGUAGAAACUGCUUCCUGUUCUCUCGUUUAAUUGCCUUGCUUCUGUGGAUAUUUCUGGUCUGCUUUGGAGAUAAAAUAGGUAUCCUAGUCAUCUAGAAAGAGCAAGGCACAUGGGUAGCUGAAGAUGGUAGCAGUCAUGGGGAAAUUAUCAAUCCAGGUGGUCGAAAGGUAAGGCAGCAGGUUCAUAUAGGAUCACUGGGCCAAAGUUGCAGAGGUGGGCAAGUCUAAUCCAGUGGAACUAGAGAUUAAGUUAUUCAGACACAAAGGCAGCCAAGUCCAGUCCAGGAAGUUAAUACACUUUUUGGCACUCAAGCCUGCCUAAUAGCAAAGUCCUAUGUGACACCUAAGGCAAGGAUGUUUCAGCAAUUUCUUCCACUGGUAUUAAACCCACUCAUUGGCAGAUUCUGCUUAGGUCAGACCCUGAUAUCUGUCAAGACUAAUCGGAUUACACCCAUGAGAUUUCUUGAUGAGUGACUAAGGCUGCCCUUAUUUGGGAUUCUUAUUGAACUCAGUGUGACUUACUUCUUAGCAGACAUACAUAGAAGUGUAGCUGUAAGUAACUACAGAACUACCAAGCACUGCCAAUGUACAGCCUUUGUCUGAAUAAAUGGGGGAGACCAAUGCAUGAUCACUGAAAUAUAUGGAGGCUGUACACCAGCAGUACUUGACGGAUCGUGCCACAAAACUGUAAUUCUAAACAGUAUCCUUAUCCUGCUCUGGAAUACAAUUUCCUCUCUUCCCGCAAUAUUAUCCCCACUUGGUUGCACUGUUCAAAAACAAAACAAAAGAUGAGGUCUUUGUCUGUACUUCCAUUAUUUCUUUUAUUUUAUCAAAUGUUUCAACAAUGAUCGUCCCCCACCCGUCUCUUAAAAGUUUUUGCUAUAGCUUUGGCUUCUUCCAUAGCUCCUCCUUUGUUUAGUUUUCCAAUCUUAACACACAAAAAUACGGGUAUGCUUUGUUGUAAUUUUUACUGAGAAAUGCAAAUCUUUAAUGACCAUCAUGCAAAAAACCCACACAAGCAAGAUGAGACCUUAAGGCUCUGAUCUGUGCAUGGUAAAAAUAUAAACCUCUGAUUAGAGGACAUUGGUGCUUCACUCCUCUCAAAGUGUCUGUCUGAAUUCUCAGCCUGCCUCCCAGGAAAGGCAAUAAAAUCCUUGAGCCUGGGAGACGCUGACUAGUAGAGAGGUGUGAGAUAUGUUAUCACGAUAAAUGGACUCAAUAUCUGACAUGGGGCAGUCCUGUGAUUUGGACAUUUGGGUCUCAUCUCCUUUUGCAGCAUAGAAGAGGUGUAAUCUGUGUUCCGUGUGCAUGGAUUUGAAUACAUACAUAAAAUAAGAUUGUAUAUAUCUCAAUCAUCUUAUACUUGCGUCUGUAUAAAAAGAAUAAAAUGAAGCUUAAAACUGGUGCAGAAGUAAAACACUUCUUGAAACCUACCUCUGUGCUAGGAAAGGCGCUCAGAAUGGCUGAGGGAUCCUGGGCAUGCUACUGCAUUAAAAUAGAAAAGGUGCGUCCACAUGGCACAUUCUCAGGGCAUCAGAUGCCUUAUUGCAGUUUGUUCCCUUCAGUAUCUCUACACACACACACACACACACACACACACACAAUAUUCCUGCCUAUUGUGAUAUCAGGGUGGGCAUGCAGGAUGCACAACUAGCCCUUCAGUUUCAUCAUGUGGGUAUCCUGGAGGGGGAUAGAUGGUGGCCUUUCCUAGGGAUAUUUUCUACAUACCCAGUUGUGGUCUGCCAUGCUGAACAGAAACAAGAGAAGCUUCCAUGUGGAUCUACGCACAAUGUCCAAAUUCCUGUAGUGAGGCAUAAGAACAGCCUAUAGUGUCUUCAAGUUACGCUGACAAUGUAAUUUAUUUUAAUUUUGCUUCAUUCAUUAGGAUGCCUUCAAAAUGUGUUGAGAGCAAUUCUAGCUUUACAAGUCCACUGUAUAGCUUUUAUUUGUAGAUACACAUGGAGGAUAUCUUAUGUUAAAAUCCUUUAUCUUUUAAAAAAAAUCUUUUCCCUGCAGUUUUGUAUACAGUCAUACCUUGUGUUGCCUUCCGCUCUCCUUACGGACUUUCAGCUUACGAACACGGCAAAACCGGAAGUGUUCGCCACCUGCGCACGCACAGAAGCACCCGAUCGCACAUGCGCAGAAGAGGCACUCUAGUUGUGGACUUUUUGGGUGCAAAACGGCACCACGAAACAGAUUAAGUCUGCAACUAGAGGUACCACUGUAUAGGUUUUAAGUUGUUUGUGAGCAAUGUGUAUAUGUGACAGACCUUGAGAAAUAUCGUGCUACUUGGUAUAGGUUUUGAAUUUACUUUUACAAGCCCUGUGUUGCCUCCCCUUUAGAAAAGAAGCUAAUUUUCUGUGCCAAAAUGGAAGCUUCUAAGUGUGUAUGUAGUGGUUAGAGAAAAGUUCCACCUAUGUUCCCAAGCAACCUGUUGCAACUGGUUAAAACUCUGCACUCUGGCAGUGGUACCCAUGCUGAUCAAUAGUCACAGGAACAAGGUGGUAAAAGAUUCUAAUUUACAAAAAUUACAGUGGAACACAAUUGGAUAAGUAUUUUUUUUAAAAAACAAAAACACUUUGUCACUUCUCGCCAUUUAAACCAUUUGGUGUGGCCUUUGUGCUGAUAACACAGAACAUGGCCCUGUCUAUAGAGACCAAACAAUGAGAAGGAUUCUUCAGGAACUUCAGGCUCGAAGCUCUAAUUUGACAGCCCCUUGGCAGAUAGUAGAAGCUUUAGUUGGCCUUCUCUCCACACACUGUGGGGAUGACCUAAAUGUAGAAGGACCAUGCCACUAGUUUCACUUAUCUACAGUCCCAUGGAGCUGACAAAGAGCUUUUCCAUUACACACACACACACCUCUCAUUUUGGGGUAUAUUAAUAAUGAAGCUGCAGAACUUAACAAAUUUGCAAUGGCAGACUCCAAAUUCUGCACAGACCCAUGUGUCUUGUGGCAUCAGCACUCAUGAAAAAGGUGGGAAGUCUGUCAAGGACUGAAGCCCUGAAUAACCUUAGGCUCCAUCUAGGUUAGAGACAUGGGAAGCACACACUCAUCUGAAGGUGGACCCAUGUGGGACCCAAGCCACUUACCGUACUUGAAAGUAGCUCCCUUUGUGGUCAUUAUAGUACUACCAGGUACUUGAUUACGUGAUUGCAAUGUACUGCAGAAGGCUCCCGCUUGCCAGCUACGGACACAGUUCAUUGUGACAGGGUGUUUAUGGAAGCGCUGAAUGCUCAACAGUCACAAGUAGGUAUAAUCUGCUGCUUUUCUGGAAAGUAGUUGUCCCGUGAUUGUAGUAACUUAAUGUGCUUCCCAUCUUGUAGCUACUGCUUGCUGUUUCGCAUCCUGUUACAGCCACUGUGGAAAUCCAGCCAUAGUGAUUUGCUUCUCAUUUGAAUGUUGUUUUGGUACAGUUCCUUUCUGGACACACAGAAUGUGAAGAGUAUGUGGAUGGGCACGUGUACAUGAGCUUUUUUAAAAAAGAGGUUUUCUUAGAUAUCAAAGAGAUUAAAACACAGUCUAGAUGUUUUGGUGUCUAUGAUGCCCUAAAAUAUGCUGUCAUUGUAAAUACCAAUCCUAGGCAUGCUCACUUGACAAACUCAUUCCAGAUUUAGGGGGACUUUGCUCAGUCUGUCCAGGGUCCCACUCCACUUUGACCCCCUGAUAACCGCAGGACUGCAAAAUUGCCUUUGUGCAUUAGGCAAGUGGGCUACUCAACUCCCCAGCCCAUUGUAACACCACUGCUGUGUAAGCCCAGGAGGGUAGAGAAACUGCCAGCUUCUCCUUCAUGCAUGGGGCUACAUUACUGCUGCCCCAUUAUCACUGGGUAAGCCACAAGCAUAGCACCAGAGCAGUGCCACAGCUGUAAGUCAGUGGUAGAGCAGUGGGUACAGCAACAGCUCAGUGGUCAACUUUGCAUGCAGAGACCCCUGUCUGAAAUCCUGGAGAGCUGUUACCAGUCAUUGUAGACAGACUUCAGCUAGAUGUCCCAAUGAUCCGACUCCGUAUAAGGCAGCUUUCUGUGUACGAAGAGGGAGGUCAAAUAACAAUGGGUACUGGAGUGAGCAGGUAAGGUGUCUGCCCAGUAUGGUGGGUGUUGACUGCAGGCCUGUUACUCACAAGGUAAAUCUCCCUGAACUUAAUGGGAUUUACUUCCUGGGAAAUAUGCAUCCAUGAAAAUCAACAGGAUUUAUAGGAAUUUAUUACGAGGUUAGGAAUUAGGCCUGGUAUAAAGUGAAUAAUAUGCUCUGAAUGAUGGUACAUGCAUCCUAUUCUAGAAGUUUAGUAUGGAGAAUAUCUAGACUAUGUAUUUAUCCACUUGGGGUCUUUAAAAGGGGAACAAUAAAUGUUACAGAAAUUUUCUGAUAGGACCUCAGAGCCAAAGGAUAUUGUAAAAUUUUAACAUAAGAUGUUUGCAUUGAUCUCUGCCUUUUCAACAUGAUUGUACCUGGACAAUAUUCAAUAAUCUAAUAGAGUAUGAAUUUGAAUGGCUGAAAUAAAAUGAAAUGCAACAGUAUUUUAUAUUAA